AUGAUGCAAGAUGAUUCUUUCACGUUGCCUAGUCGACGUACAACAACGACAGUUGAUCAUGCUGAGCAUGUACAUAGUGAACUUUUAAGUCAAACGGCAGCGAAACAGGCAUAUGACCACCACCACCAAGCAACGAUUCCAACACGUCGAGAACCGGAAACAAUCAAAUUGGAAGAUCAACCUCUUGCUGAUGAUCAACGAGCACUUCUUGCUGAAUUUGAGCGACGUCGAAGAGCUCGACAAAUUCAUGUCUCAACGGACGAUGUUGAAGUCAAAGCGAACCUACGUCGAUUAGAAGAGCCUAUCUGUUUGUUUGGCGAAGGACCUGCUGAGAGACGUGAACGUCUACGAAACUUGAUUUCACGUCUGUCCGACGAUGAAAUCGCUCAAAAACUACGUAAAAAGGAAGAAGACGACAGAAGAAUCGAAACUACAAAAGAGGAAGCAACCUGGUAUCAUCAAGGUCCUGAUGAGUUACAAGUAGCGAGAUACUGGAUCGCGCAAUAUUCGUUACCUCGAGCAAAGGAACGCAUUCAGCGACUAAAAGAUUAUGUUGCCAUACCUGAAGUUCAUCGAACAUCCAAAAUUCAAGAACUCUACCGUCGUCUACGAGGUACAUCGUUACAUUGCAGUCAAGUUGGUGACACACGUCCAUUGUUUUACUGUGAAUUCAGUCCGAAUGAUCAAAUGCUUGCUGUUUCUUCUCGGAGUGGAUUGUGCAAACUUUGGACGGUACCGGAUUGUCGACCCAUACGUACGUUACGCGGCCAUACAAUCGACGCUUGCUGUAUUAGUUGGCACCCUCAAUCGACGUUGACGCAGGAUCCAGGCGUGAUUAAUUUGGCAUCGAGCGCAUUUGAUGGAUCGGUGAAAUUAUGGAAUCUUGAAAGUGAUGAACCCAUUGCUGAAAUCGAAGGACACGCACCAUUUCGUGUAUCAAAAGUGAGAUUUCAUCCGUCGGGAAGAUUCCUCGGUACAGCUUGUUAUGAUCAUUCAUGGCGUCUAUGGGAUCUUGAUACGCAAGAUGAAGUUCUGCAUCAAGAAGGACAUUCCAAAGCAGUACAUGAUCUAGCGUUUCAAUGUGAUGGAAGUCUAGCGGCAACCGCGGGAAUGGAUGCUUAUGGUCGCGUGUGGGAUCUUCGAACUGGCCGUUGUAUUAUGUUCUUGGAAGGUCAUUUGAAACCAAUUUUAUCCAUUGAUUUCUCACCUAAUGGGUAUCAUAUUGCAACUGGCGCAGAAGAUAAUCUAUGUAAAAUCUGGGAUCUACGACAAACUAAAAAUGCCUAUAGCAUCGCAGCUCAUCAGAGUUUAGUGUCCACUGUGAAAUUUCAACGUACGGAAGGUCACUAUCUAGUCACAGUUUCCUAUGAUAAUACGGUGAAACUAUGGAUGCAUCCUGUUUGGUCAGCAUUGUAUUCCUCAACCGGACAUGAACAAAAAAUCAUGUCUGCAGACAUUUCUCUCGAUGGUCGAUGGAUCGCUACUGUUUCUUAUGAUCGUACACUGAAAAUCUGGUCACCGGAAUCGAUCAAAUAA